AUCGAGAAAAUCAGAAAUCUAGCAUUAAAAGACCCUUUGCUGCAUCACUUGCCAAGAAUAACAACGCAGUACUGUACAGCUGUUUCCCGAAAUGGAUACUCCCCAACAACACACCUAAGUCCCACUUGAAUGUUGUGAACCUCAGUAAAUACUCACUCACCACGGAUGAACAAUUUAUACUUGAAAAGGGCUUAUCAUUUUGCCCUUCACGUCGUCUAGACCCUAUCAACCUAUGCUCGAACCUCAGCCAAUUUAUCCGCAAGAUAAGACUCAAGGAAUAUUUUAAGGACACACCGGAACCCACGACCAAUUCGACAACCUAUAAAACAAAAACUGGCACACAGAAAAAUUUGUGGGUACCACCUAAAGGUAGAAACCCAUACAUCGAUAGCUUUGCUAACGCCGCUAAGUCCCACCUCAACUCAUUCAUUCAGAAAUACCUCACUAAUCUACAACCAGCUGAUAACCUGUCUAAGAAUCAACCCACAGCGAUAAAGAAUCUCCACCGCAACCAGGAUAUUAUCAUCAAACCAGCAGACGAAGGCGGGAACAUCACUAUCAUGGAUAGAACUGAAUACAUCACCGAAAUUGAAACACAACUAUCGAACCAAUCUUUCUACAGGUGCCUCUCAUCGGAUCCUACCUAUACCUACAAAAAGGACUGUACUAAUAUGGUGUCGAAACUAACUAAUACUAACAUUAAAUCCAAGGUAAGGGCUCUCAUCUCUGAUGAACCCAAAGCAGGUGUCAUAUACAUCUUGCCUAAAUUGCAUAAACUUCCUAAAUUAGUUGGAGAAGCUUUAGUGCACAUCAACCAGUCCCAAUCCUGUAACGCGGACAUGCUCUCUGAUCCUACAUAUAUCUACAAUCUUGCUAGAUCACUCAACACCACACCGCCAGGUAGGCCCAUCAUAUCAGGCAACAGCACUCUCACAGAGAACAUAUCCGGCUAUGUCGACUCUAUUCUGAACCCCUUGCUAGUUUGUAUCCCCAGCUUCAUACAAGACACAACACAUUUUCUAAAAAAACUCAACGACAUCCCUCCUCUACCCAACCAUGCAUUGUUAGUCACUUUAGAUGCAUGCUCAUUGUAUACCAAUAUCCCACACGAUGAAGGCAUUGCGGCGUGUGAAAAAUUCAUUUCCACCAAUGAUCCGGCCCAAUCAUCCCCAGACAUAUCCAAACUUAUCAAAUUUAUCCUCACCCACAGUAACUUUGUUUUCCAUGACAAACACUACCAACAAAUAAGUGGCACAGCCAUGGGCACCAAGAUGGCUCCAUGCUACGCUAACAUUUUCAUGGCCGAACUGGAGGAUAGACUCUUAGCGAAUUCCAAUCCUAAGCCAUCAUAUUACUGUCGAUAUAUAGACGACAUAUUUUUUAUUUGGGAACAUGGGAUUGAUAAACUCAACGAAUUUGAACGCUUCGCCAACAACUUCCAUCCCCGUAUCAAGUUUACUAUCAACUCUUCGAAGCCUUUAGAAGAUCCAGAAAUAGAAUUGGAAACAGUUGAUGGUAAUGAUAUUAUCUUAACAUUAAAGGUGAGUAAGCGUAUUUAA